AAAAUAGCUGACCCUUUUCUGGGAUUAUAUUCCCAGUUUUGAUCUGGGACGUCUAGUCACUUAUAGCACAUAAGAUUAUUCUAUUACUGUUAAGCAAACUAUGAAUAAUAAAACAUGUGUCCUUUAUCAUAGCUACACGUAUGACAAAAAAGCGCGUGAAAAUCAGUGGUAUUCAGUGAGGUCAAAUUAAUUAAAUGCGCUGACAGUUCUUUGCUCCUGCCAAAUGACUUGCACUGAGUGGAGCGGAUCACCACUCCAAGAUGGCGGCCCCGCGUCUCGUCAGCGCCAGUAGGCAGUAGCGCUCCAUGCUGCGUAUCCUUAGCAUGCAUAGUUGUACCACGGACGUAUUUUCAUGUAACACUGCUAUCGGAAACCAUAGUUGUACCGCGGACGUAUUUUCAUGUAACACUGCCAUCAGAAACAAUUCCGGGGUCGAACAUUUUAUUUACUUUUACCGCUUCCUAUUUAAAUUAUUGUAUUUUAAAUUCAACCUCAUUUAUUGGCUCCUUCUCUCCCCGAUAAUAUGUACUUUAAAGGGUUUAUAAUAGCAUUAAUUCACUCAAAAGUCAUAGCAGGCUAACCCGGAAAUGACGUCACAACACCGGUGCCGGCCCAGCUCCAGCGAGAAGGUGAGAGGUUUGCACACACGCCAUUAUUGUUCUUCCUAAUAGUUAGUUUGAAUGCGUGUGUUAAUGUUGUUACUGCCGCGGUCAAAGCAGUGAGUAGAAGCAGACGCCAUGACGAGCAGCGUGCUUGGCAAUGUGGAGAAGAUGUGCUCCCACCUGCCCGUGCUCCUCAACACCUUCCUGGUCUUCUCCAUCACCGCGGAGGUGAGCUACCUGGUGCUGGUGCAGGCCCCGUUGGAGGCUGGCCAGAAGUGGUCCUCAGCGUGGAAGUCCAUGCACCUGCUGGCCCAGUUCUUCAUGCUGGGGAACAUCUGCUGGAACGCCCUGCUCUUCGUCAGGACCACCCCCAGCAUCAAGGGGGUGUUCCUGGGAGGGGAUCAUGUGGGGCAAGGAUGGAAGUACUGCUACACCUGUGAGACGCACACUCCUCCCCGCUGCUCGCACUGCUACGACUGCAAGGUGUGCGUGCUGCGGCGGGACCACCACUGCGUCUUCUUCGGCCGCUGCGUGGGCUUCCGCAACUACCGCUACUUCCUGACUUGCCUGCUCUACAUGUGGUCGGGGCUCCUGUACGCCACCUGGAUGAACGCCGAGGUCUUCCUCCUCAUACUGAAGGAGGGAGUGACUGUGCACAGCCUCCUGCUGCUGCUCAUACCCUGGAUCAUGCUGGUGUCAGGCCAGGUGUCUGCACGGGCCUUCUCUUUCGCCUUCAUCGCUGACACCUGUGUCGUGGGCCUCCUGCUGGUCUCCGCCUUCUUCUUCUUCCAUCUCUUCCUGCUUGUUCGGGGACAAACCACCAGGGAGUGGUACUCGUCCCGCAGGCCCUACAACCUGGGACUCCUGGGCAACUUGCGUCACACAUUAGGCAGUCGCUGGUACCUUGGCUGGCUUUGCCCGCUCAUCUCAUCGCCACUACCGGGGGAUGGGAUACACUUCCAGGUGACGGGGUCACUGGAGCCCCCCCACUAAUAAGACUGGGGGUGCAUUCUGCUGUGGACUGAACAACAUUACUUUGGCUGGACUAGAAUGUUCCUCCAGAA